AUGCUUUCCCAAUAUCUCAGGCGCCGCGUCUCCGUUGUUACUGUGGAUGGGCGGUAUCUCGUCGGUGUUCUUCAUGCAGCGGAUCAACUCAUGAAUCUCGUGUUAACAUCAUGUGCAGAGCGUGUUUUUGAUGAUGAGGCGGAGGACUCAACUGACCCAAAUGAUAUUAAAAAUAAUCGUAACGGUACAAAUGGUGCGACUCCCCCUGGUGGUGAGAUGCGGGAACAUUCCUUAGGUGUGUUGAUGAUUCGUGGCAGUGAUGUGGUGUGUGUUGCUUCUGUUAAUACGGUGGAGGAGGCAAAGUUGAGCAGGAAACUUUGGAGGGGUCGUAACUUACCGGUAGUGGAACGUGUGGCGCGCUCAGCAACAGCUUCAGUUAAAGGUGGAUAG